AUGCGCGGCAAAACUACCCUGGCCGACUGCCUCAUAUCCAGCAAUGGAAUCAUCUCCAGCCGCCUGGCAGGCAAGUUACGGUACAUGGACAGCCGGGAGGACGAGCAGAUCCGGGGCAUCACCAUGAAGUCCAGCGCCAUCUCCCUGCAUUACGCACAAGGUGGCGAGGAGUACCUCAUCAACCUCAUAGACUCUCCGGGUCACGUGGACUUCUCCUCCGAAGUGUCCACGGCCGUUCGCAUUUGCGACGGGUGCAUCAUCGUGGUCGAUGCCGUGGAGGGAGUCUGCCCACAGACACAGGCAGUUCUGCGCCAGGCCUGGCUCGAAAACAUCCGGCCCGUGCUGGUGAUCAAUAAGAUCGAUCGCCUGAUCGUGGAGCUGAAGUUCACCCCGCAGGAGGCCUAUUCCCACCUCAAGAACAUCUUAGAGCAGAUUAAUGCGCUCACGGGAACUCUUUUUACUUCCAAAGUCCUAGAAGAGAGGGCGGAGAGAGAGAGCGAGUCCCCCGGGACCCCGGGGUCCGACCCGGAGCAGGUGUACGACUGGAGCACGGGCUUGGAGGACACGGACGACUCCCACCUGUACUUCUCCCCGGACCAGGGCAACGUGGUCUUCGCCAGCGCCAUCGACGGCUGGGGCUUCGGAAUUGAGCACUUUGCCCAAAUCUACAGUCAGAAAAUUGGCAUAAAAAAGGAAGUUCUUUUGAAAACAUUGUGGGGAGACUAUUACAUAAAUAUGAAGGCCAAGAAGAUCAUGAAGGUGGAUCAGGUAAUGGGC